AUGAAAGAUAAGCCUCAAAGAAAACAAUCUUCGGCCAAGUCUGAAACAAAUUCUGAACGAAAACUUAACGAAGUCGCCCGAAUAUCAACGGAUACAACAGUUUCCAAGACGCAUUUACGUGAUUUGACAUCAAAAACACUCCCAGAAAGCGAAGUGCAAGUCUAUCAAGCGCAGUCAAAUGCUAUCGAAGCAAAAUUACGAAGACAUCGUUUUAAAUCCAGCCGAGCAAUACACUCGGCGCAUCGCGAAUGUUUAGAAUGCGAAUCACCCCUGAAAGGAACUCCAUGGGAGGACGCUCUGCGGUUCAGGUCAAGGUCGGUAACAUCUUCCUCUUUUUCACCACAGAGAUAUCGAAAGCUAAUCGGUCAACGGAGCGCAAAAGAGGAAGAAUGCAUAGACUUUUGGAUGAAAUUUUUUGGAUGA